CUCAGGUGGGAAAACUUGCCUGCUCAGAAUCCAGAGUUUGUCAGCUGACUCUGGAGUGGCACAAAGCAAACUUCCUGUAGAAGGUAAGGAAUCAGCCAGGUUCCUGUUCAGUACUUUUCCUUUGGAGGAAGGAAUAAAGUCGUUUGCUUGCCCACAUAUCUCAUCCAGAAAACACCUUUGAAUUCCAGCUGCAGAGGAGUUACCUGUCACUCCAGGCUGAUGAACUCUGAGGCUGCCCAUCUGAUGAGAUGCUUGCAGCAAAUCCAUAAGGUAUUCAGCAAUGCCAAUGAAAUCCUCGCGGGCAUCAGUCACCCAUCUGUGUGCAGCGAAGUGCUGCUGUCUGCACCAGGGACUGCCUAUAUCCUGGGGUUGUCGGAAGUGUACCGGGUCUCCAAGCGCUUGGAAGAAGGGAUGAAGGCUCGGAGAGCGGAGAGCGAAGCACUGCUGCAUUGCCUGCGCAAGGUGGAGCUGGCUUGGAACAACCUCCUGUCCUUUCUCGUCUUUGGCCAUUCUGCAUUUCAGAUGCUGAAUGUUAACCUGCUGGAGCCAUCUGGUGAAAGUGACUCACGCUUGUCAGCUUCUGACUUAGCACCCGAAGCAGUCUGUGGGGUGUGCCUAACUGAGGUGAAGCGGGAGCCCCAGGUGAGUUCUGGAAACUCAGGUCCUAUUAUGUACGAAGGUAGCUGUUAUCACGCCAACUGUGCCAAUUUCUGGCUGAACUGUGUGGAUGCCACUCUGCCAGGAGGGACGUGAUUCUUUGCUCUCCCCCCCCCCCUUCCAACUUUCUGAAUGUACUCCAGUCGUCAGUUUCUUUGGAGGUUAAGAAGAUCUGGAGAAACAAAGAGAGACUUUUGGAAGGCUACAGAAUCGUCUCCCAAGGCUUCAUUGGUGGUGGGAAGUAUCUUUGGAGAGACAAAACAAGAUAGCCCGAAACCAGCCUUUAUCUUGUUUUUGUAGGAUGCUUUAAAAUGUGCCCAGGAACAACCUGUUUUCUAAUUUGUUCCGAGCACUUCUCUAUCUGGAUUCUGGGUUUGCAUCCAGACUAAAUCAGUGGUGGUUCAGCCCUGUGAGCAUCAGUGGGACUACGCAGAACCUUUUUGCACGAUUGAUGUUGUUGGGGAAGCUUCUACCUCAAGUGACCUGCUAUUUUUGGAUCUGCUAUGACCGUUUUGCCCACCCAGCCAAAUGUCUGCUAGAUGUUUUGGACUACAAUAUAUAAUUUGGUACAGUAUUUGAAUGAUUGGUAUUAGCAAUUGUAUUAUAAUUUGGUAUUGUUAUAAUGAGGCUGUUAUUGCAUGGUAAUUGAAAAUUAAUAAAAAAAUAUUAUCAGCCUGGUGACCAACAGAAGUUUGACACUACAACUCCCAUCAGCUCCAGAAUCAUACGGCCAUGCUGCUGGCUGAGAGUGAUGGGAAUUGUAGUUUAAAAUUUCUGGUGGUCACCAGGCUGGACUAGGGCUUAGCAGUGUGAGACCUGACCCGGGCAGCCACGAUUUACAUCCCUGGUAUCUUUGCUCCAUUGCCAAUUUUAUGCCAUCUUACUUUGGGCCUACUGAAUUGAAUUAGCCUUGCCCUUGGGUAAGUACGUAGCAUGGCAUUUGCAACCAGUAUCGCCAAAUAAAGUCUUAAUGCAGGUCCGUAGCCUGAAAUAAGGUGAGGGUAAAGAGGCUUAAGGAAAUACUGUAAAAUGCAAGUAGUCUUUUAUUUUACUAAUUAAACAUAUUGUUCAAUUUUAUUAAUAUAGGUGCUCUGUGUGCAAGUCAAUUGAUGAACCUAAUACUAGUUCUGCUAGCCUGCCUGCCUGCCUGUGUGCUCCUGCUGGGCAGCUCCAUGCCAAGCCAUACAGAGGAAGCAAGCAAGCAAGGAAGGAAGUGGGUAAAGGAGGGGUGGGCAGCCAGGCAGGGGACAGACAUGCUGCACACUCACAUGUGCCCCCUUGCUCCUCUUGGAGGCAAGCCAGAAACAGAGGGUGGCGCCCAGCUGGGGGGAGGCAGGAGACUGAGGGAGGGAAGCAGGAAGGGGGGGCAGAGGAAUAUUGAGGGUGCUGUGCCCCCAGAAUAAAAUUAAAGGUAAAAAAGGUAAAGGAGCCCUGGACGGUUAAGUCCAGUCAAAGGCGAAUAUGGGGUUGCGGCGCUCAUCUCACUUUCAGGACAAGGGAGCCACCGUUUGUCCACAGAUAGCUUUCCAGGUCUUGUGGCCAGCAGGACUAAACCGCUCCCACACAGGAACAAUGUGACAGAAACCAGAGCGCACGGAAACACUGUUUACCUUCCCGCUGCAGUGGUAGCUAUUUUUUUUACUCACACUGGUGUGCUUUCGAACUGCUAGGUUGGCAGGAUCUGGGACAGAGCAACAGGAGCUCACUCCGUUGCGGGAAUUCGAACCGCCGGCCUCCUGAUUGGGAAGCCCAAGAGGCUCAGUGGUUUAGACCACAGCGCCACCAGCAUCCUUCAGAAGAAAAUGACUGGGUAGGGGGCAAGGGACCCCGUCCCCCUAGAAUCGGUCUGGUAACCCUAGGCACUAGAGUCCUGCUUUGCUGCAACAAUGGGUGUUUCCCAAAAGAAAAUAUCUCCCACUCCACUGAAGGCUUUGUUAUUUUGGAACGAGACGCAAAGGAGUCACAAACUGAGCUUGCCUAGGCUUUGUUUGUUUUUUCCAUUUUUUGUCGCUUUUAUGUAUAGAAAAGAAAAAGGCACACGCAUGCACACAGAGCACCCCCUUAUCGACAAUCCCCGCCCUUCUUCUUCGUCAGGCAAUAGGGCUCUGCAGUGGACAGAGUUGGGGGAAAUUUCACACUUAGUAAAGAUAGCGUCGGGGUUCGUUAAGCUCCGCUGAGCCCCCUUCUCCCAGAGGGCGCGAGUUCUGUAAUUGUCACAAGGCUAUCAUGACCCUGACUUCGUUUUCGUAGAGGUCAGGAAUCACCCCCAGCGGGGACUGGACCAUCUUGACGCUGGUUUUCCCAAAGAGUUUCUGCUCGUACUGGAUGAGCUGCUGCCAAAAGCCGUUGUUGGGCCGGACGAUGGGCCGGCAGCACUUGACCCAGGCGUGGGCGUUUGCCAGAGACAUCGAGUGGUAUUUCAUUAGGUAGGCGAUACACAGAGCGGAGGAUCGGCUGACACCCGCAGCGCAGUGCACUAGCGUCCGGCCUUGGUUUGAUUCCACGGUGCGGAUC